AUGGGACGAAUGGCAGAAGCGCAGCGAAGGCUGCUUGAGCAAAUGAUGGGUCCCGAAGCGAUGGGUAUCCAACCUAUAAACGUAGAUUGGUGGUCUGAGAAGGUCUGCAGGAACUUCUUAUUUGGAACUUGUCCUCAUAUCUUAUUCGGUAAUACGAAAAUGGAUCUCGGCCCAUGUCCCAAAAUCCACUCUGACCGAAUCCUCAAACAGUUCCAAGAACAUGCUCUAGCCCAACCUCAUGAUCCAAGAGUGGCGGCUUUCAGACAGGAACAUGAGAACAAGCUUUAUGGGUUCGUGGAUGAUAUCGACAGGAGGAUCAGAGCGAGUCAGAGGAAGUUGGAGAAAACCCCGGAAGAGAAUAGGAAAACUAUUGAUUUGAUGCGAGAAAUUGGUGAGAUCGAACUAUCCAUCCAAGGCGGUACGGAAGAGAUCGAAGCAUUGGGAGAAGCAGGCAAAGUAGAAGAAUCAAUGGAAAAAUUAUCAGCCGUCGACGCUUUGAAACAGUUGAAAGCGGAUAAAGAAAAAGAAUUACAACAUCUGAAUGAGAAUGCCGGUGCGAGUGGACAUCAGAAAUUGAGGGUUUGUGAGACGUGUGGUGCGAUGUUAUCGGUUUUGGAUUCGGAUAAGAGGCUGGCAGAUCAUUUCGGAGGUAAAUUACAUCUGGGUUAUCACGAAUUACGAAGACUCCUUGGUAUAUUCGCCGAAGCUCGUAUGACAGGUAGACCAUGGCCCGUCGUACCACCCAAGGAAACACCCGCAACUGGUCCCAAUCCCGAUCAACCAAUGGAGGAGAAUGGAGAUAGCUCUGCACCUGCACCACCACCUCCGUCUGAGAACCCCGCGAUACCACCCAGUGCACCUUCCGGACCUCGAUCUUCAGCACUUGCUCCUCCCUCACACCUUCAGGAUGAUACACCCCAUACGCCUGUACAUUCCAAGGUACCUCCAGCGGAUGAGAUUCCGGUGGUGGGUCACGGGGAUAAAGUGAAGAGGGAGGCGGGGGAGUUGGAAGAUGAUUUGAGGGAAAGGAGAGGUAGUAGAGAUGAUUCUUUGAGAGACAGGGAGAGGAGUCAUAGAGAUAGGGAUGAUAGGGAUCGAGAGAGAAGUAGCAGAUAUGAUGAUCGUGAACGAGAUAGAGAUAGGCACAGCGACCGACGGGAUCGUGAUAGGGAGAGAGAUAGGUAUAGGGAUCGUGAUGGAGAGAGCAGUCAUAGGGAUAGAGAUAGGGAGAGGAAAUACGAUAGAUCCAGAUCACCAUCGAAGAGGAGAGUUGUUUAG